AUGUCCAUUUUCACUUUUUUAGUGUUGUGUAUUUUCUCGGUUUUUGCACAAAAUUUCGAUCGGCAUUCAAAAUUAGACGACAAUUACGAAAUUUGGUGGUCGACGGACGAAGAAUCUAUUACCUUUCAAGUAGAAGUUGCAACUAGAGGAUGGGUUGGAUUGGGAAUUUCUCCAAAUGGUGGAAUGGAAGGUAGCGACGUGGUCAUCGGAUGGAUUAACAACGGAAAAGCCACAUUUCACGUAAGAUUUUGGAAGAAAUUAACCUUCACCGAUUGUCGUUGGUUAUUACAGGACAGAUACGCCAAAGGAAAGUUUCUUCCGGAAAUUGACGACCAUCAAGAUUGGGAACUUCUGUGGUAUCAAAAGACCGAUACGCAUACAAAGUUUCGUUUUAAAAGAUUUCUCAUUCCUUGCGAUUCACAAGAUUUACACAUAACUGAUGAAACUACGAGAUUAAUAUUCGCCUACAAUGACGAAAAUCCUGGUUCUACGGGUGAGAUCUCAUAUCAUGGUCCAAAAAAUAGAGGAACCAAGAGUGUUACUUUAAAGAAGUAUGAGAGGGGUGUAUUGCUAGAAAAUCCUAGCGAUCUGUAUCACUGGGAAGUCACACAUUCAAACGUGCGAAUUCCUGAUAAUAGUGAUACUGAAUACUACUGCAAAUUUUUCAGAGUACCUGAAUUAAGUCGAAAACAUCACAUUGUUAAAGUGGAUACAGUUAUCGAACCGGGAAACGAAAAACUUGUACAUCAUAUGAUAUUAUAUGAGUGUACAAACGUCGAGACGGAAAAAAUAGCGCCUUAUUUAAAUGAAGAAUACACUGAAUGUUAUACUAAAGAUAACUUGCCGAAAUUUCCAUUUUGUUUUACUGUUACCUAUGGAUGGGCCAUUGGAGGAGAUUCGUUUAUUUUUCCUGAUCAAGCAGGUCUUCCAUUAGGUAUUCCAGAAGUUAAAUGGCUUUUAUUAGAAACUCAUUACGAUAAUCCCAGUUUAAAAAGAGGAAUCGUUGAUAAUUCUGGAUUUAGAAUUACGUAUACGCCAAAACUCCGUAAACACGAUGCUGCAGUAUUAAGUUUUGGAAAUUUAUGGUAUCCUUGCGUGUUUAUCCCACCGAAACAGAAAGAAUAUAUUGUGGCAGGACACGCACAUCCAUCUUGUUUACGUCAGAGACUUCCUCCAGAAGGAAUCAAAAUGUACGCUUUUCUACUUCAUUCUCAUACUAUAGGUAAAAAAUUAAUGGUCAGACAUUUUCGAAAUGGAGAAGAAUUACUUCCUUUAGCUAGAGAUUUAAAUUACGAUUUUGAUUUUCAGCAAUUUAAAUAUUUGCCCGAAGAACGCACUGUACUGCCCAGUGAUCAUUUGGUUGUGGAAUGUGCUUAUGAUUCUUCAACAAGAGCAAAAGUAACAUUUGGAGGAUUAUCGACGAAACAAGAAAUGUGUCUGGCAUUUUUUGGUUAUUAUCCAAGAUUAAACAUAUCCUAUUUAACUAGUUGCCCGUCACCCUACAAUAUUGUGACAAAACUCGGAGUCAAAGAAAUGUCAGAUGAUGACAGAUUCGUUAUUUCACCAUUAACUGGAAAGAAUCAGAGUUAUUACGAGUUUCUGAAUACUUAUCCAUGGGAUUAUCAAUCUGUAAAUUCUGUACAGAAUGCAAUGAGAUACGGUCCUCAAAUAAAUAUUUGCGCUGAUAGAGGAGGAAAAGGAAUACUGACUUUUGUUCUAUCCAAAUAUCCUAAAGUGAAGAAGAUUCACGAAGAAAAGUACAAAUGUAGAAGUAAUAAGUAAAUGAAAUUUAUAUCUCGUAACAUCGCCCGCAUGCUUAUGUGUGAUUCUUAAGGAAAUAUAAAAGUAUGAUUAACGAUUGAGAUUAAAAUUUUCACAAAAUUACUACAUUAAUUAACUCAUAAAUAAACAAAUUCCAUCGAAACGAAGUGUGUAACAGAAG